AUGUCUGAUAUAAACAUUGGCAGUUCUGUAAAGCCCAAUGGCGUCAAUGUUGAGGAAACCAGGUUCACCAUUGUCACAAAUGAUGAUCCGAAGACUCCACCAUCGAAAGCAAACAAUCAAGAUCCAGAAUCACCGACAUCGCCACUCAAUUACCCCAGCGUGUUCAAUGAUGCUAUACCUCAAAGACGAUUGUACACGCGCUCGUACUCAGCCCCCAAUACCCCCCAAUUCCGUCCUUCACAAACACUAACAAGUCCCACCAUACUAGAGACAAGAAGAAAGAGCCUAAAUGGGAGCUUGUUAGAAGACACCAACUUCACCAGGUUUAAAAAUUCGAUAUUGUUACCAGCUGCGGGAUGGGCAUACACUCCCAUCACAAAGAUGCAAAGACGACUGAAGUAUAAAUCGAGAGAGCCCAUCGAGUACAAGAUUGAGUACUCCAUUUUCCAACCUCUAGAAGACGCAAAUCAAUUAAAUACACAAGAGGAUAUUGAAAAUCACUUUAGGAGCUCAUGGAAUAACUUGGAUAAUCUGUCUUUGCCUGAAAAUUACAUAACCGAACUGGAGUUUCAGAAUGUGGUCACUCAAGUAAAGGAUGUGAUUGAAAAGAACCAUGUUUACCCGGAGCGCAUCAUGACCGGAUCAUCCGGUAGCUACUUCGUGUUCAACAAACUUGAGACAGGCUCAUCUUUGUACGAGAAAGUUGGUGUAUUUAAACCUAAAAGUGAAGAACCGUAUGGCCCAUUGCUGCCAAAGUGGACUAAAUGGCUUCAUCGUACAUUCUUUCCUUGUUGUUUCGGACGCAGUUGUCUUAUUCCCAAUCUUGGGUAUAUCAGCGAAGCAGCCGCUUGUGUUUUGGAUCGUCAAUUGCAAUCAUAUAUUGUACCAUACACAGAAGUGAUUCGAUUACGAGCGCCGACUUUUUAUUACAAAUUUUGGGACAAGUCUAAUGAUGUGACGAAAUUGCUGUACAAAAUAGGUUCGUUUCAAAUGUUUUUGCACGGGUAUGUGAAUGCCGAUUUGUUCUUCAAAAUGUAUCCCAUUCCAACUGAUGUGUAUCUUUUGCCCAAAUCACUGGAUGUUGAAGUUGAUGCUGAUGACGAUGUAAUGGGCGACAAAUUCAAUUGGAGUCGUGACUCAAUGCGACAAUUUAGAGAAGAGUUGGAGAAAAUGGUUAUAUUGGACUACUUGAUGAGAAACACCGAUAGAGGUAUGGAUAAUUGGAUGAUCAAGUUGGAAUGGCACGAAGUGCAUCGUCUGGGAGGUACCCAAACAAUGCGUCCAUUUUUGAAAGUUGGAGCUAUAGAUUCCGGACUAGCUUUUCCUUGGAAGCACCCUAAUGAAUGGAGAUCGUUUCCUUUUGGUUGACUUUUUCUUCCAUUAUCAUUAAUUGGGCAACCAUUUAGCAAAAAGACAAGACAACACUACCUACCAUUGCUAACUUCAAAAGUGUGGUGGGAGACCACUGUGGUCAAACUAAAGCAUGUGUUUAUGAAAGACAAUGAUUUCAAAGAGCGCAUGUGGAAUAAACAAUUGGCGGUGUUGAAAGGACAAGCAUUCAACGUAGUGGAGACUUUAAAAUUGGAUUUUGCUGGACCAUUGGAGCUCACUAGGUGUCAAAAUUUGUUGGUGUUUGAUGAUCUAAUGUACAUGCCAAGACAAGAGCCAGGACUCAGAAGGCGAAGUUUACCAUUGAUGUACUCAUCUUGUUACGAAUCUGAUGUUAGGGGUGGUCAAAAAUAUUUGCCUUGUUUAAGCGAAGCACCAUCAGAAGAAGGGUACGAGGAGCGUGGGGAUGAGCAUACGCCAUUGCUUGCUCCACUGAAUGUGGAUGGAAGUGCAUAUAGUCUGCAAGUUAUUUCACCUAGUCUGCAAACUGGAGAUGGGAUACCAGUGCCAUAUGAAUCGGGAUAUUCUCGCAUUGAUAGUGUGAAUGAUGAUGAUCCUCCUGAAAGCGGUACUAAAGUUGUCAUUGAACGAUUAGUGAAGGAACAUUCAAACCCACCAGUGUUUACAUGGUGUUGA